AUGGAAUAAUUACUAUUAGUUUAACCUGAAAGAAUGUUGAAAUUCGAAUUAGAAAAUAAUUAAUAUGUUGCAAGAAUAAUUUUACAAAAUGUUUCAGCAAUCUUUGUAGCUUUUAAAGUUAGAUUAAGCAAUCAAAAUGAUUAUAGUGUAAAACCAAAUAUAGGAGUUUUAAGAGCUGGUAAUAGUGUAACAUUGUUAUUAACAACAGACAAUGCAAUUAAUAUAAAUUUUGAUCGUGUUUAGAUUUUAGCUGGACCCAUUUCUAAUAAUGAGGUAUAAUUUAAUAAAAUUAGCAGGAUGUGAUUUAAUAUUUCAAAAAACAAUUAAGAUUAAAUUAAAGAAUCCUUAAAUGUAGUAUUGGUGAUACUUCAUCAUUAUCAUCUACUAUAUAUAAAUCUUCAAUUUCUCCAUAAGAAAUUAAUGAUUUCAAAACAACUACAAUUAAAACUGAAUAUGUUAAACCAUAAAAGAAAUAAUCAACAACAAAAGAUAGUUUAAGUUUGGAAGAACAAAUAAAAUUAAUUGUAUAAUAUUUUAAAUUAAUUUUUAUAGAGUGAAGAUUUGAAACUUAUUAAAGAAAAAUAAAAUGAUGGCAAGAUAACAGUAGGGAUUAAAUAAUUCUUAAUAUCAAUUUUUAUUUCAAUGAUUGUUGGAGUAUAUAUAACUUAUAGAUGA